AUGGCAGAAGUGUGGGAAGCAGCAACAAUAUACAAAUAUAUCAUUGUAAAAGAAAAUUCUGUGAUCUAUGAAGAUGUGCACAUUCACUUCACUGAGGAUGAGUGGAUUUUGCUGAAUCCUUCCCAAAAGAGUCUCUACAUAGAUGUGAUGCUAGAGACAUACAGGAACCUCACCGCUCUUGAAAACAUCAAAGAACACAUUCUGGAGAGAAACCCUACGCAUGUAAAAUGUGGUAAAGCCUUUUUACUGAACAGUAAACUUCGAGUACAUCAGAGGAUACAUAUUGGAGAGAAACCUUAUCAGUGUAAUGAAUGUGGUAAAGCUUAUUCACAGAACAGUAGUCUCCAAAGACAUAAAAGAACACAUACUGAAGAGAAACCUUAUCAGUGUAAUCAAUGUGAUAAAGCCUUUUCAAGGAACAGUACUCUCCAAAUACAUAAAAGAGCACAUACUGGAGAGAUACCUUAUAAAUGUAACCAAUGUGAUAAAGCUUUUGUGUAUCAUGGUGAACUUCAAAGACAUCAAAGAACACAUACUGGAGAGAAGCCCUUUGAAUGUAAGCAAUGUAAUAAAGCUUUUUCAGAGCUCUUUAAACUCCAAAGACACAAAAGAACACAUACUGGAGAGAAACCCUAUGAAUGUAAUCAAUGUGAUAAAUUAUUUCAAGACUUUACCAAUAAGCAGAUCCAUGGGAAAACACAAGCUGGAGAGAAACCAAAUGAAUGUAAUCAAUGUGGUAAAGACUUUUCAUAUUUAAGAAGUCUCCAAGUUCACAACAGAUUAAACACUGGAGAGAAAACCUACAAAUGUAAUCAAUGUGAUAAAGCUUUUUCGCUGGAAGCAGAAAUUCUGCAGGACUUUAGUGAGAGCAAGUUUCAUGUUCAUGAGAGCAAACCUCAUGGCAAUGCAGUUCCUGGGUCCAUACCCAAAGGGCAUGUAUACAUAAGGAUUGAUGUUGCCCUUGUUCUCCUUGUUGAACCUGGAGACAGACAGUAA